UGGUCCAACAUGGCUGCCAUGAAGAAACUUCUGGUUUCGGCUGCUGUUGUUGCUCUGGCGGUGUUCAUAGGACAUGCGUUCGUCAAACUCAAAAACAUGUCCCUCUCCUCCAGAAAAAUGCCGAUGAAACACCUCAACUGUCGUUAUUUAAAGAAUAUAGACUAUGGAGCUGAGGAUAUCACCAUACUUGAAGAUGGACUGGCCUUCAUAAGCACAGGGCUGAAAUAUCCUGGAUUGCCAUCGUUCUCUGAUGAACCUGGGAAGAUGUACGUUUUAGAUCUGCUGCAUCCAAAUCCGACCCCGGUGCUGCUGCAGAUGGAAGGAGAACUGGACCUCCGCUCAUUUAAUCCGCACGGCAUCAGCGUGCACAAGGAUGAAGCAGAUGAUUCUGUGUAUCUGUUUGUUGUCAAUCACCCUCAUCACAAAAGCCAGGUGGAAAUCUUUCGUUUUGUUGAGGAGGACACACUCGUGCAUCUAAAAACUAUAAAACACCCCCUACUGUACAGUGUGAAUGACAUUGUUGCGGUUGGAGCGGAGCAUUUCUACGCCACAAACGAUCACUAUUUUCAAAACACUGCUCUCCACUUCCUGACUCUCUUCCUGGGUCUGCCCUGGUGUGAUGUGGUGUACUACAGUCCAGAGGAAGUGAGGGUGGCAGCUGAUGGGAUUAUGUCCGCAAACGGGAUAAACAUAUCUCCUGACAAACGGUAUAUUUACGUUUCGGAUAUCAUGGACCAUGAAAUCGAUGUUUUUGAGCGACAACAUGGGGAACAGUUGGUGUAUGUUAAGUCUGUAGCUGUCGGAUCACUAUGUGAUAACAUCGAGGUAGAUCGCAGAACGGGCGACCUAUGGGUCGGUUGUCAUCCAAACGGCGGGAAGCUUCUAUCCUAUGAUCUCAAAGAUCCACCUGGAUCAGAGGUGCUCCGGAUAAAGAACAUUCUCUCGGAUCAGCCGGUAGUGACCCUGGAGUAUGGUGAUGAUGGCCACGAGUUGAUGGGCUCCUCAGUAGCAACAGUCUACGAGGGAAAGUUGCUUAUCGGCACAGUUAUUCACAAAGCCUUGUACUGCAUUUUAAAAUAAACUUGAAUAUUGUGUA